AUGCAGGAGGAGGCGGCGUGUGCGUUGGUUAACUCUGACGUGGUGUUAAUUUGUGGAGGAUGCUACGUGCUCCCUCCGUGUUGUAGCGUCGAGGACCGAGAGCUCUUUUUUCAGAACAUGGCUUAUGUUCGCACAGUUACAUUGGCUAUUGCUCAAUUCUGUCCUCAAGCUAUUGUGGCCAUACAAACUCCGCCCGUGGACUGUAACUUCGCACUGUGUAUGCAUACCUUGAAAAUGGCGGGAGUUUACAAUAAGAGACGCGUUCUCGGUGUGAACUCGGUAAACGCGAUGCGAGCGAAUCAGCUGUUUAGCGCGAUGACGGGCACUGACCCCGCUGCGCGCACUACGCCGGUCGUCUGCGGCACCGGACGCUGUACUCGAGUUCCCGUGUUCUCCGCUGGUAAAGCUGGCAAUGUUCCCAGGUCGCAAGUGGAGUGUCUCACGCGUCUCAUACGGGAAGCUGAUGAUAUUAUCUGCAAAGUAAAAAGCAACAACGGACAAGGACACCUUUCCAUUGGGUUUUCUACUGCACGAUUUGUCGUUAAUAUUAUGAAAGGUCUUUUCCAAAAGCCGACAUUUAUCGAUAGUGCUUUAGUGGAACAACGUGAUCCCGGGAAAUGUUACAAUAUGGCUGUUUGCGCGACACCAGUCACAAUAGGGAAAGGCGGCAUUGUGGAAUACGUGGUGCCGCAAUUGAAUGAAGCUGAAACUAAACUAUUGGAAGACAGCAAGUGCGACCUAGAGGAUAUGCUGAACCUCGGCAGAUGUUAUGCUGUGGGUGAUGAAUACUGCAUCCACUCAUGCAAGUGUCCAGCUCCUCCUUCUUGCAAGACCUGUGAGCGUUGUCAGAGUGGAAAAAAAUCUAAAAAUAAAUGA